UACAUAGUUCGGUCACGACGGCGGGCACAGGAGGAUCCUACGUCUCCUCUGAUGAAUACAUAGCUGACAGUGCGACAGCGAGAAUAGUUUCCUCGAAAUUGCCAUCGUGUUUCUUCGUUCUGUCUCUUCGAAAUCGCGUCGACGUCAUCGCUUGUGUCUCUGACGGAAUUUUCACAUUACCUUUUAAUUGAAAGAUAGUAUAUAAGAACCGCUAUCGACUGAUCUGUGUAUUGUGACAUAAAGAUAAUGUCAGGCCGAUCAGCGUGUUUAGAUGAUCGGUAUUUUAUCUGCGGUGAAAUAAGCUUGGACACAGUUGACGAUUAUCAGUGAGGCAGAAAAUUCUUUCAGAAGGUUUUUGUGAUCGUCGAUUUUCGACGGAAGAAAAAGGACAGGAAAGGAGGAGAGAUCGACGAGAUUCCAAUUAACGCAUCCUGCGGAGUAUUCAUGAUUAAGAUGCCAUCGGUUUGACAGCCAAUGCUAUGGCAGCUGAUCUUUACGCGAAUGGCUCCGUGAAGUCAACGUCCGCCAGGGCCGUACGCAGCAUGGGGCAACGCAAAUCGGGCACCCUGGGCGCCGUGGCGCCCAUAUCGACAGAGGAGGAGCAGCUGAAGUUUCAAGACAGCAGAUUUCUGACGACUUUGGUCGGCAGAAGUAGGAAAAUCUCGCCUGACAUAUUGCCGUCGUGUUCGCCCGGCGUGUUUCGCCAAAAAUCGUUCCGCUCGUCCACGCCGCCACCGCAGAAGGUGCCAACACCUUUACCAGCAUUUUCGACAGCAGCGGUAACGACAACAACGACAACAACAUCCAUCUCGCAAAAUAGCCGGGGCUCAUCUGCGGCCGCGGCGAACGAUCGCUGCGCUCCUCGCGCGGCCACCCCUACUGUCACUACCGUCCCCACCCCCGUGUCAGCUGUUCCACCACGUGACAGCAAUUCGCGGGCCGUUGUCGGCGCUUCUCUGACGUCGUUGACGUUGUCGCGGGGCGCCCGAGCAACCAGCAAGCAGGCGCGCCUCGGUCCGGUACUGGCCAGUAAAAUGGCGUCCGCGAGCUCCUCCACGAUCGUGCAGGGCUGGCCGAAUACCAAGGACGAUUACGAGCUCAAGGAGGUUAUCGGGGUUGGAGCGACCGCCGUGGUGCAUGCAGCAUUUUGUAUUCCGCGACAAGAGAAAUGCGCUAUCAAAAGAAUAAAUUUAGAAAAAUGGAAUACAAACAUGGACGAACUACUGAAAGAGAUACAGGCGAUGUCUUCUUGCAACCACGAAAACGUUGUAACUUAUUACACAUCAUUCGUGGUAAAAGAAGAACUUUGGCUGGUCCUAAGAUUAUUAGAAGGUGGAUCCUUGCUGGAUAUUAUCAAGCAUAAGACUAGGACCACCAAUUGCAAAAAUGGAGUAUUCGACGAAGCUACCAUAGCCACUGUACUUCGAGAAGUACUCAAAGGGCUUGAAUAUUUCCAUAGCAAUGGACAAAUUCACAGGGACAUAAAAGCGGGUAAUAUCCUACUAGGCGAGGAUGGCACUGUGCAGAUAGCCGAUUUCGGUGUCAGCGCGUGGCUCGCAACCGGACGCGACUUGAGUCGGCAGAAAGUCCGGCACACCUUCGUCGGUACACCGUGUUGGAUGGCGCCCGAGGUCAUGGAGCAGGACCAUGGCUAUGAUUUUAAAGCUGAUAUAUGGUCACUUGGCAUCACGGCGAUCGAGAUGGCCAGCGGUACGGCGCCGUACCACAAAUAUCCCCCGAUGAAGGUCUUGAUGCUGACGUUGCAAAAUGAUCCGCCCACUCUGGAUACUGCCGCGGAUGAAAAGGAUCAGUAUAAGGCAUAUGGGAAAACAUUCCGAAAAAUGAUCGUCGAUUGUUUACAAAAGGAUCCCACCAAGAGACCGACAGCCACCGAGUUGUUGAAACAUCCCUUUUUUAAGAAAGCUAAAGAUAAGAAAUAUCUGCAACAAACGUUGGUGGCAAUUGGACCUAGUUUAGAAACGCGUGUACAAAAGGCAUCAAAAAGACAACCCGGUACAUCGGGUCGUUUGCAUCGAACGGUGACCGGAGAAUGGGUCUGGUCGUCAGAGGAAGAAGAUAGUGGCGGAUCGAGCGGUGACGAAGGCGCCAAAGAAACGUUGCCGGUUAACACGAUCGAGAAAGCUAGCAGUGACGAAGAUGCCGGCGAAACCGACGAAUGUUAUGGUGAAAUCAAGGUAGCACCAAGUCAAGUCGCGAUACCAGCUACUGAGCAAAAUGUUCCUAUAAAUUUGGUACUCAGAUUACGAAAUGAAAGACGAGAGCUUAACGACAUUAGGUUCGAAUUCACAGUCGGAGUGGAUUCGGCGCAAGGAAUCGCAGCGGAACUUGUCGCUGCAGGUCUAGUCGAUGGUAAGGAUGUUGUGGUGAUAGCAGCGAAUCUGAAAAAAUUGAUAGAAAGUGGAGGACAAUUACGGACAGUGACAUUUUCCUUGAAUUCUGGCUAUGCGGCGAACGAAAUACCAGAUGACAAGGCGUUAAUAGGAUUUGCUCAGAUCUCUCUCACCGAUUAAACAAUUUCGAUUACUAUAUAACUUCAUUUCUGAACUCUCAGGAUAAUGUUCUUAAUUGAUGCACAUUCAUCAUUUGUUAAGAUCCAGAGAGUAUCAAAAGUUAAUGACGAAUCGGCUAGAUAUUAUUUUCGAGAUAAAUGAUAUCAUAGAUGAUAAAAAAAAGUUUGAAACACAUAUACUUACAAAAACACAUGUAAGUUUGUUUCAUCGUUGAAUAUUUGCAAGUUUAGCUUUUGACACUUUCGUUUCUUUCAGGUAAUUUUAACAAUUAAAACGUUGGUUGCAGAAUGUAGGUAAUCGAAAUACAUAUUUGUUACAACACAUCAAUAGUAACAAACUGUGCUCAAGCGUGUCUGAUAACAUCAUCAGUGUUCAUAUGCGGAGGCAAUCAUAAGUGGGGCAGAUAAAAAUAUUAUCAUUCACAUACUGGCUUAAAAGCAUACACUUACUCUAAUCAGUAAUGGCUGUAGUUUUACAUAACUGAAUUGUAUCAUUCGUAUUACAUAGUCUAUGUAAAUAUUAGCAUUCAAUCAUUUGUUGAGUUUUCCUUUUUCUUCUUUAUGAUUAAUGUAUCAAAUGGGAUAAAGAGAUACAUACAGUGAAAUGCGAUGUUUCAUAUAAGCGAACUUAGAGGAUUAAAAGAGAACGCUUGAUAAUCUUAUUUAUUUGCCCAAAAUGUAAGCUGUUUCUCUUGAAUAGCAAUGCUUUAGUUACGUAAAGAAAAAAUUUGUAUGUGCUGAGAACAUAGUAUCAUGUCCAUGUAUCAUGUACAGAUUAUCCGUGUAUAUCUUAUGCUUUAUGCUAGGAAAAAGCAGAUAUAGAGAAUGUUGGAAUAAAAUAAAACUCUUUUGUACUUAAUUAAAUAGACUUACGAUAGCAAAUUAAUAUUUUCACAGUUUUUAGAUAUAGCGAGAUAGAGAGAUCGAAAAAUUUUUACCUCGUACGUCUCGAAAAUGUUUAAUCAAUCUUCAUAAAAUUUAUUGGAAAAAAUAGAUAAAAUCAGAAUCACAUAGUUUAACACAAUCUGUACUUUACGGUUUCACGUAUAUAGUGUUCAUCAUUUCUACAUUCUUGUACCUAUUGGAAAUCGUAAGGAUAUAAAUUUGCAAUGUUUUUAUUAUUUCUUAUUAAAUUGUAAAAGUUGAAUUUCAUGAUAAAUAAUCAAAAGUGUGUGUAUAAUUUUUUAACGUUUUCCAAUAUUUUUUAAACUAACUGUUUUUGAUAUAUUCUACAAAGAAAGCGUUUUUUAUUUGAAUUUUAUUAAAUAUAUAUUAAAUAUAUUCAUAUAAUUUUAUAUGAAUAUAUUUGAUUAAAAUCAAAGUAUUAAAAAAUAACUAUAAAUAGAAUAAUUUUUCAAAAAACUCAACUUAAGAUAAGACAACUAAAUAACCGAUGUGAUUCUGUAUUUAUCAAUUUUUAAUUUUUAUAAAAUGUAGUUACAUUAUAUGAUAAUAUGGUAAAGGACAUAUGCAUUUCAUAAUUUUCAAUAUUUUGCAUAUAAUAUACAAAUCAUGUGUAUGAUUUCUGCGAAUUUCUGUUAUUUUGUCAUCAUUAACAAAAUGUUUUUAAUAUCAAAAAUUUGUAUGCGUUUUCUCAUUUCCUUUGCCAUAUUGCGAUACAUAUAUACACGUGCUAAUUCCGCGACACAAGAUUUGCUGAGCAAAAUUAGUUGUACAAUAAUAAUCGAAAUAUACAAAUCUGUUGAUAUACAUGUGAUGAUUAUAUACUCCGAAUUAUAUAUAUAUAUAUCAAAUCAAUUGUGUGGUUUAACUUAUAUAGGGGAGAUACACUUUUUAUGCUUUAUGCGAGAAGUAAGCAUAAUUACUAUUAAACUGCAAAUGAUAAUAAUCGUAUGCUAGUUUAAGUAGAUUUUUACAAGUAGUUGUAUCAAUACAUAUGGCACUAUAUUCUGUAGCACUUAGAAUUCUCAUGCACUACGUUUCGCCGGCAGAGAAUUUUAAUCGGUUCGACAUACAUAGCUUGUAUCGUCACUAUGUGCCUUAUCCGAAAAACGCAUUAGUUACAUUGAAUAUUGUGUUUUUAUCUUGAAUGGUACUGAACUGCAAUGAGACGAUUCAAAUUGCAAUUGGAACUUUUUGCUUGCAACACGAUUAAAGCAGUGCCAAAUAAAAUGUGUUAUACUUAGCGAUUAAAUAUGUGUAUCAAGAAAACGAUAAUUUAUUUGUAUUAAUAUCAAAAUGUCAUUUUGGCAAUUAGAAACAUUGUAUUUUAUUUCAUUGCAAUUAUUGUUAUUAUGACGAUUAUGUAAGUGUUAUAUGAAUUGCAGCGCAACUGAAAAUGGGUAAUGGUACUUAACGCCGAUAAAAAUUUCCGAGAGAGUCAGCACAAUGGAAUUUAUUUUAUACUUCCUGAGCAAGCUCGUUUUUCCUUUUAUCAUCAAUUCAAUUUUUAGCAAUAAAGUAUUACUCUUUAAAAAGAAGAACAAUUCUUCGAAUACUUAAUAUCUCGAUGAAAUUCUUGAAAUCGUAAAAUUGUUUGAUUUUUUCCCAUCAAUUUAAAUAUAUUUUGUGUACAAAAACGUCAUGUCUAAUUAUCGCAUUAGAAUUUUUGUAAAUGCAGUUAUAUAAAAUUUCUUUGCGGCUUGCCUACAAGAUGAAAAAACGCUUGUCUCUUUAGUUAAAAAAAAAGAUAAGAAUAAAAUAAUUCCUCCCUAAGAAUACGAUCUUAGGAUUUAAUUGAGAUAUAUUUUAUGUCGUGUGUAUAUGUGUAUAUUUCGGACGCUGUAUUCUUUAAUUUAAAUAUAAUCGCCUCUAGAUUAUGCGCUUACCAGA